UAUUCGUGAUGAUUUUUUUAAAUAUAAAUAUAAUGAUCCUUAUAAGGAUAUCGAUUUAUUAAUGAAUUCUCGUAUAAAAACAAAUAAAGUAAACGCAUGUAUAGUUGUAUUAGCAAGAAAUAAUGAAUUAUAUCAAUUAAAAUCUUCUAUGAGACAAUUUGAAGAAAGAUGGAAUAAAAAAUUUAAUUAUCCUUAUGUAUUUUUAAACGAUGUAGAAUUUUCUGAAGCAUUUAUAAAUCAAACAAGUUCAAUCACUCAAUCUGAAACAAAAUAUGCUGUGAUACCGAAAGAAAUGUGGAGUUAUCCAAGUUGGAUAAAUCAAACAAAAGCUGCUGAAAAUCGAAAAAAAGCAGAACAAGAUCAUGUAAUUUAUGGUGGAUCGGAAUCAUAUAGACAUAUGUGUAGAUUUAAUUCAGGAUUCUUUUUUAGACAUCCUGCUUUACUUGAUUAUGAUUAUUAUUGGAGGUUAGAACCUUCAGUAGAAUUUAUGUGUGAUAUUGAUUAUGACCCAUUUUUAUUUAUGAAAAAGAAUGAUUUAUAUUAUGGUUUUACUAUAUCAUUAUAUGAAUUUGAAGAUACUAUACCAACACUUUGGAAUACUACAAAAAAAUUUAUGAAAGAAUAUCCUCAUUAUAUUAAUGAUGAUAAUUCUUUAAAAUGGGUUACAAAUGAUGAAAAUAAUUAUAAUUUAUGUCAUUUUUGGAGUAAUUUUGAAAUUGCAAAUUUAAAUUUUUGGAGAAGUGAACAAUAUAUCAAAUAUUUUGAAUAUUUAGAUAAAGAAGGUGGAUUUUUUUAUGAGAGAUGGGGUGAUGCACCAGUUCAUUCACUUGGAUUGGCAUUAUUUGUGAAUAAAUCUAAAAUUCACUUCUUUAAUGAUAUUUCAUAUUCUCAUCCACCUUAUCAACAUUGUCCCAUUGAUAAAGAAUUUCAUGAAAGUGGAAGAUGUCAUUGUAAUCCUAAUAAAUCUUUUGAUACAGAUUGGUAUUCAUGCACUGAAAAAUGGUGGGCACUUUAAUCAGUAUAUUAAGAUACUGUAUAUCACAAAAAAUAAUUAUUUAUUUAAGAUUAUAUAUUAAAAGUAUUUUAUUAAUAGA